UAAUACCACAACGCUGUGCACUGCAAGCAAUUGAGGAGAUCUCAGUGAUGACAUCAUCGGCGCGUUUUCAGCUCGGAUCCUAGCCCUGCCGCGUUGCCAUGGCAACAGGAAGGAAAGGCUCCACCUCCAAAGGCGCGGUGCAUUUCCCCGAUGACGAUGAGCCCCCGGGAUCCCCGACCCGUCGAGAUGACCAGUCAAACCCCUCCACCAUCAUCGCUAUUCGAGAAAAGGACGGCAGCUACCUGGUCAAGGCUGGUUUCCUAAGAAGCCACCACUGUUAUCAGGUGGUCUUCACCGUCCCUGAUGUGCCCACGCUGGGCCGAGAGCUCUGCUGCCUCCCCUGCUCCACCACCAGCAGCCUCAGGGUCAACCACAUUACCUCCACACUGGAUGGAGGAGUAAAAGUGACGUGUGAGUACAGGACUCGCCAGGAAGCAGUGCUGCAAGAGGAGAUCACCCUGGUAACCAGAGGAAAGAGAGACUGCAGUCUGAAGGUCAAACUACAGGCCAGGAUCAUUGACCCUCACCACGGGACCCCCAUGCUGCUGGAGGGAGUGAGGUGUAUCGGGACCAAGAAACCGGUCCAGGCAAAACACAGCGGCGACCACAAGAAGAUAUGAUAUGGGGGGGGGGGGGCGUGUGUCUGCACGAAACGAUGUUAUUCAGAGACAUGGCAGGAGUCUGUCUGUAGGUGGCACUAUUUAAAUUUCAAGUUCCCUACCCAACAGUUAUUUUGGUGAAUGACCUGAUUUGUGUGUGUGUGCGUGCGUGCGCGAGGUUUACAGUCAACAAAUGAACUACAAGAUAUAAAGCCAACUGUGUGCAAAACCAAUCAGUCUAAGCCAUAACCUGGAAAAGUGAAAUAUCAAUAAUCAGUCUUUGAUUCAGGAACACACACACACAACACAACAGUUGAC